UAUAUAUAUAUAAAUAAAUAAGAGUGCAGAGCAAGAAGAUCACACGCUCUUCGACUCCCUUCACGCUCUGACAGAAAACCCUAAAUUUAUUCCCAUGAAUUUCUUCAAAUCCGUCUUCGAUAAAGAUACCACACCACCCAACAACCCAAGCUCCGAGAACCCUGAACCGGCACCGGAACCGGAACCGUCAACCCUAAACCUCGCGUGGUCCUUUGACUCGUUAAUCAAAACCAUAUCAACCAAAUCAGAAUCCAUAAUCCAAACAUAUAAAAAAGACCUCCAUGAAUUACGAUCCGGUUUUAACAAAGAAACCGCCGUCAUACGCCACGUCGCUUCACGCGCUGUCCAUGACCUCCCAGCUUCUUUUGAAUCCGGCGCCGCCGUCGCUCAACACUCCCUCGAGUCCGUCGGCCAAGUCAUUGAUGAUAUCGGAUCCACCGUUUGGAAUUCAACGGCCCAGAUAAUCUCUCACGGUAAGGACUCCGUUUUCUCAGCCGUUGAUCAUCAUCGUGAUUUGAAUGAUGAUAGUGAUGCAAGUAGUUCGACUAAACGACACCAUUUGGGCGUGAAGUACAGUCGUUUCGAUGCUCAAGUACGUGCAUUGCAAUGUGAUUUGGAUACUUAUUGUUCUGAACCGGGGGAUAAGGAGGAUUAUGAGAAAUGGGAGUCGGAGGGUUUUGUGUUUGAAGAGAAAAAUGAAGAGAUUAAGAGAUUAAUCAGCGAAAAUGAGGUUGUUAAUCAAAUUUAUUACAAGGUUGUGCCUAGUAAGGUCGAUGAUCAAAGUUUUUGGAGCCGGUAUUUUUAUAGACUGUUUAAGUUAAAACAAGCAGAGGAAGCAAGGGCAUUGCUUGUUAAAAGAGCGAUCUCCGGUGAUGAAGAGGAGGAUUUAAGCUGGGAUUUUGAUGAUGACGAUGAUAAUGAGGAGCGUAAUGGGUUUUUGUGGAGAGGUGAGUCAAUUAAGGAGAGUGUAAUUGAGAAGGAAAUUGAGGAGAGGGAAGAUGGUGGUUUGCCCUCACUCCCAUCGCCUAACAAAAGCAUGGAUACGUUGGAGGAGAAGGGGAGUAAUGGUGGAUCGGGUAAAGACAGUGAUGUGUCCAUCGUUUCAAGCCAGUCGUUGCAGGAGGAAGAUCUUGGCUGGGAUGAGAUUGAAUAUAUUGGGAGUAAUGAUGAGAGCAAGGUGGAAGCUGCUGAGAACACAGCAAGUGCUGGUACAAGUAGAGUGGAAUUGCAUAAUCGGUUUGGAAGUGCAGAAGAACAGGACUUGAGUUGGGAUGUUCAAGAUGAAGUUGAUUUGCCUGUAAAGUAAUUAUUUAUCUCUAUGUGGUAAUUAUCAUUUAGUUUUCCAUUAUAGUGCAAUUUGUAGAUAUUGUCUUUGCAUAUUUCUUUGUGAGGCCCAAGUAAUUGGAUGUCUAUCACAGUUUUAUCAGAUUUCAUAAAUGUAGAUGCAAAUUGAUGUUAUUGGGACUGCCUGCAUGCAGAGGUGAUAUUUUAUUUCUUGUGGCAUAAAACA